CUCGUUAUUCGAGUCACUCAAAAGUCGUCAACAGUCACGCGAACGCAUUGGUAUAAGUGUAUUGUGUUUGAUCGUAUCAUUCAAAACUACUGAAAUUACAUAUAAAGUAAAAACUCUAUCAAUAAUACACUCACAAUGGUGAAAUUGACGCCGGAAUUGAUAGAGCAAUCGAUGCAAUACAUUAAUCCUGUACGGGAUCGCGAAUUAGAUCUCAGAGGAUAUAAAAUACCCACUAUUGAGAAUCUGGGAGCGACCUUGGAUCAAUUUGAUACAAUAGAUUUUUCUGAUAAUGAUAUACGCAAGCUGGAUGGAUUUCCACUUUUGAAAAGAAUCAAGACCUUGUUUUUCAAUAAUAAUCGUAUUGUCAGAAUUGCUGAAGGUUUAGAGCAAUGCAUACCGAAUUUAGAAACUCUGAUGUUGACUGGCAACAUGAUACAAGAAUUGGGUGAUUUAGAGCCUCUCAUACCACUAAAACAUCUUAAAAACUUGUGUCUGCUUCAAAAUCCAGUAUCGGCUAAACAACAGUACAGACAGUACGUCGUAUAUAGAUUUCCACAACUCAAACUGCUCGAUUUUCGAAAGAUCAAACAAAAAGAACGAGAAGCAGCAAUAGAAUACUUUAGAAGCAAGCGUGGCAAAGAGAUGGCACGCGAAAUAGCGAAGAAGGUGAAGGCACAGGCGGGUGCAGCUGACAGGCCUUACGUUACUCCUGAAGAGCGUAAUAAAAUUCGCGAAGCUAUCACAAAUGCAUCUACCUUGGAAGAAGUACAGAGACUUACUAAGCUGUUACAAGCUGGUCAUAUACCGAGUGAAGAACGAUUGCAAAAUGG